AUGCAACUCACGACUCUUUUCGGUCUUGCGCUCUCCACCCUGAGCCUCACCUCGGCUUCCCCCAUGAAUUAUCCCAGCCGCCGUGACAGCGCGGCGUUGACCUGGCAUGUGUCCAACUUCACCACCGGCUGCUCGCCGGGAGGCUGUGUCUACAACUUCAACAUCCUGGGCAUUGCCACCAAGUACACCCCUGGCUUCAAUACCAGCUGCUCCGGUACCACUGAGAGCUCAGACGACCUCGUUUCCUGCCAGAACCCGUUGAUCAAGUCUCGCGUCAAGGCCGAGCCGUAUCCGCUAUGGAAUGUUCGCGUCGAGCACGAGUGGAUUGAGACUGGCGACGCCGAGUUCUAUGCUUUUGGAGAGACCAAUGUCACUUCCUCCACGCCGCGGUUCACCAUCCCCGUUACCGAGGAGUAUGGCGUCGCCUAG